UUGGUAGGUUUACAUUUUGGUGAUGGGUAGGUAAACACUUCCUUACUGUAUAAAUAGGCAGACGUACUCACACCAAAUAACACAAACAAAAUAUGGAUUUCAUUGUGUCCAUGUUUGGUCUCUUAGUUGUUAGCUCAUUGACAAUAAACUCCAAAAAUACAGUUGAAGCAGUUGAAGUCUCACCUAUUGAGUACAUUGGUAACCUUAGAAGGAGCAAUUUUUCUAAUGACUUUAUCUUUGGGGCGGGUUCGUCCUCUUACCAAGUUGAAGGUGCAGUAAACCAAGGUGGUAAAGGACCAAGUAUUUGGGAUACCUACACCAAUGAUCAUCCAGAAAGAAUAAGGGAUGGAAGCAAUGCAGAUAUCACCAUUGACCAAUAUCACCGCUACAAGGAAGAUGUUGCGAUUGCAAAGGAUCAAAAUAUAGAUUCGUAUAGAUUUUCAAUCUCUUGGCCAAGAAUACUCCCAAGGGGAAAGUUGAGCGGAGGCAUAAAUUAUGAUGGGAUCGGUUAUUACAACAAGCUCAUCAAUGAACUAUUGGAUAAGGGUAUACAACCAUUUGUAACUCUUUUUCACUGGGAUCUUCCCCAAGUUUUAGAAGAUGAGUAUGGCGGUUUCUUAAGUUCCCAAAUAAUAGAUGAUUUUCAAGACUAUGCAAAUCUUUGCUUCAAGGAAUUUGGAGAUAGAGUGAAAUACUGGGUUACUCUGAACGAGCCAUGGUUUUUUAGCAAUGGUGGAUAUGCAAUUGGAACAACACCACCAGGUCGAUGUUCGGAUCCAACGUGUCUGGGUGGUAAUUCUGGCACAGAACCUUAUAUAGUGUCCCACAAUCAACUUCUUGCUCAUGCAAAAGCUGUACAAGUAUAUAAGACUAAGUAUCAGGAAAAUCAAAAGGGACAAAUAGGCAUAACGUUGGUUACUAACUGGUUCUUGCCACUUGGAGACAAUAGCAUACCAGAUAAAAAGGCUGCCGAAAGAGCACUUGACUUCCAAUUUGGAUGGUUUAUGGAACCCUUAACAACCGGAGAUUAUUCUAAAAGCAUGCGACGCAUAGUGAAAAGUCGAUUGCCUGCAUUCACUGAAUUGCAAUCAAGAGAAGUUAAUGGUUCAUUUGAUUUUAUUGGUUUAAACUAUUACUCUUCUAGUUAUAUUAACCAUGCUCCUCCACAAGAAAAUGAGAAACCCAGUUUCACAACAGAUCCUAUGACCGAGACUUCAUUUGAGAAAAACGGGAUACCCCUAGGUCCAAGGGCUGCUUCAGUUUGGAUAUACAUUUAUCCAAAGGGACUUCGUGAUCUUUUGUUACACAUUAAGGAUAAAUAUGACAAUCCUGUAAUUUACAUCCAUGAAAAUGGUAUGAAUGAAUUCAAUGAUCCAACACUUUCGGUUGAAGAAUCUCUUCUAGAUACUUACAGAAUUGAUUACUUGUAUCGUCAUUUCUACUACAUUCAUUCUGCAAUUAAGAGCGGCGCGAAUGUAAAGGGAUAUUUCUCAUGGUCACUUUUCGACUCUUUUGAAUGGUUUAAUGGCUAUACUGUUCGUUUUGGAUUUAACUUUGUAGAUUACAAAGAUGGAUUGAAAAGGCACCCUAAGCUUUCUGCCCAAUGGUACAAGAACUUUCUCAAAAGAGACUAGCAUUAUUAAUCCUACAUCGUUUAAUGCUGGUGUGGUGCACAUCCUAAGUAAUUGUGGUUAAUCUUAAUUAACAGCUGUCACUAUUCAUUAUGAAGUGAUUAGGUUGUUAUAUUUCUAUUACAUGCAUUGUAGUAAUAAGUGCCUUAUUUCACCAGAAAGCUAUGAUCCCUUUAUGUAUUAGUUUGAUUUGAGAAUAAUUUGAACUAAAACUCUUCUCCUUUUUUUAUUCAACAA